UCGUUAGAUGUCGCGAUGGCAGCCUUGACGUGCUUGCACACGUUUCGUAGUUACGGUUUGAACAAAUUAUCGUUUCCGCUUAGUUUACUCGCUAAACAACUUUUAAGCAGCUGUAAUACACAAUUAGUAAAGCACAAAACACCUAAAUUAACAAUGUCUUUCACGACUGUGGAACGCGGUGCUCCCAAUUCAACCGAGUUUAAAAUUUACUUCAAAAAUGAAGAAACAGCAAUCUCACCUAUGCACGACAUUCCUCUUUAUGCAAAUGAAGCCAAUAAAGUAUUACAUAUGGUGGUUGAAGUGCCAAGAUGGACCAAUGCUAAAAUGGAAAUAAAUUUAAAAGAACCUUUGAAUCCUAUUAAACAGGAUAUUAAAAAUGGAAAGCUUCGUUUCGUCGCUAAUUGCUUUCCUCAUCACGGGUAUAUUUGGAAUUAUGGAGCUUUGCCUCAGACUUGGGAGAAUCCAGAAGUACUAGACGAAGCUACUGGGUUCAAAGGAGAUAAUGAUCCAAUUGAUGUACUUGAAAUUGGAUACCGGGUGGCUAAAAGAGGUGACGUAUUGAAAGUAAAAGUUUUGGGAACUGUAGCUCUUAUCGAUGAAGGUGAAACUGAUUGGAAAAUUAUAGUAAUCGACGUUAAUGAUCCACUUGCUGAACAAAUGAAUGAUAUUGCCGACGUUGAUAAAUUCUAUCCAGGCUUGUUAAAAGCAACAAUCGAAUGGUUUAAGAUUUAUAAAAUUCCUGACGGUAAACCAGAAAACCAAUUUGCUUUUAAUGGUGAGGCGAAGCCCCGUGAUUUCGCAUUGCACAUUAUUGAAGAGGUACACGAGCAUUGGAAAAAUCUAAUCAGUCGUGAUAGUGAAACUCCGGGAAUAUCAUGUGCAAACCUAACUGUAGAAGGUAGCCCAUUUAAAAUUGAUGCGAGUGCUGCUGAGGAAAUUUUAAAAAAUGCACCUGAACCAUGCGAAUCACAAAGUUUAGAGCCCGUUGUUGAUAAGUGGCAUUACGUGCAUCUCAAGUGAGAAUAUUUGUGUUUUCAACAUGAAGAACGGAGCAAGAUAACAUCUGAGAUAGUUUAUUUGCUGAAUAAUAAUUCUCAUUUUCCCAUAUAUUUAUUAUGCGCUUAAAUAUCUUCUGCUAUGUAAAAAAAUUCAUCUCCUGAUUCAUUAUUAUCUUUUUCUAUUUGUAUUUAUUGCACUACAGGAGAAAAAUUAGACUAGAUAAGUAUUUCACUAUUGAACUAUUUUUCCGUUAAAAUAUCAAGGGGUUGUGACAUGCAUUUGUUAAAAAAAUAAAAGAAAAACUUUUGCAAAUUUAAAUAAAUUAAA